GUGGACGGUAUCUAGAUUCGCUCUCCCAGCAACGUACCCCCGUCCAUACGUCCGCCGGUCCAUUACGCUCUCAAUAUAUCCCAGCUCGUUUCAAUCAAAACAGAUCCUAAGCCAUGGGGAGCGAGCAAGGACUAUAUAUACGGGAACAAUGUGCUCGCAUUUCCUCAGACAUCUCUUAACGAAGAAGUGAAGACUAAACGUCUGGGACGCAAGCUGUGCAAUGGUGUAUAUUGUAUCCAGCGCCGCGAUGUGGUGCACUACCGUACCAUUACACUUGAAGCCAGACUCUCCUCCGUGAGCGGUUGCUUCUUCGUCCGUUGGCAGGAAGGAGCCAUGCCCAAAGACGUAGAGGACCGGGAAUGGAUUGAGUCAGCGAAGAAAGGAUGCCAGUGGCAGGAAUCUGCUGAGAUCGAUUCAACCAGAAUUGAGACGUACGCAGUGGGACUAACUGGCCCAAUCAAGGAGUGUAAAUGUGCCCGUCGACCGAUUAGAGCGGAUUCAGGCUCCAACACCAAAUGGAAUUUAGAGGACCACGGAGAACAUCGUAAGGUCAAACCCCCCGUGCUGAAAUCGGAUGAUUCCGAUAUCUUUCGUCACUCCGUCUUGCUGCAGGGUAGCGUUGUUGCCGAGACGGAGCAGCUUGCUGCGCUGCGAACUUUUAAAUCAAACAGAACUGCGGAGCCUAUUGUCGAAAUUUUGACAGUUCCCCUUCGGCCGCCCUCGUGCCACGAGUAUGAGAUGAGUAGCCCUGGGGAUGCUUUAGCCCAUCGGUCCGCCAGUGAUAGUAUAGGUUAUCUACGUUUCUUUGUGCAACCCGAGCAUCCCGUGCCAGAUUUAGGUGGCAACCUUGCUACGGAAGUGGAAAACGAUGCUUUCCACCCAACUUCACCAUUAGGAGGAUACGACGGACGCGAAGUAUAUCAGGCGGGGGAAGCUCGUAGCGUCAGUGAUGACAAGCAACUCAGUGGAAUGUCUCAUGUACAAUCCGAGAAACAGCGAUCGCGACCCUUGCAAGCGAGACACGAACUUCAGGUCGAAUGCUCCUAGACGUUUUCAAGAUUUUGACCACAGGCGGAUAAAAACUGAAAGAGAAAACUCAGAGGUAUAGAUCAUGUUUCUGAACAUGUUUCUGAAGUCCAUGGGGGCCCCGUGUCCCAUGAACAUAAUUAACUCUGUCGUACAACUUUGUGCAUCAUUACUUGUUACUUACCGAAUUGUUCAUUUUGGCGC